AGUCGCGCCACACAUUCAGUGCUAUCAGCUUGCAUUGUACCACCAAAAUUGCUUGUAGUCCUCCGAAAUUGGCAGGUAAAACGCAUUAAACUGAUAAACGCGAUAGCCCUGCCGUCACCAGGAGAUCCUCCCGAGAAGCGAGUGCCACAGCACGGAGGAGAAAACAGCUGUCGUGGGACACUCCGGUGAAAAUGACAAACCUGUGAAUUCCUCGAAACUGUUCCUGGUGGGGGUGUCUCUCCUGCUCUCUUCCUCUCUCUCUCUAUCCGCUCACCCCUCUCACUCGCUCGCCCGCUGGAAGGAGGGGGAUGGACGGUUGAUGUUACGACGAGCACCUCAGCGCAGUGUGAAUCACGUUUGGACGACCCCAAGGGAACGGCAACCACAAGAAGCCAGCGAUGUACCAGAGUGCCUGCCAGGCGGCCACCACGGGCUCCUGUGUCCCGGGAGCUGGUCAGCAGCCGGACAACGAGCGACAGUCGGCGCUGAUCGCCCAACAACCCCCCACCGCGCCUGUGGAGCCUGACUACAGUGGCUUCGAUAUCGUUAAGGCGACCCAGUAUGGGGCCAUUGCACGGGUCCGGGAGCUGGUCGAGUCAGGCUGGGAUGUUAAUCAGCCGGACAGCGAAACGGUCACCCUUCUUCAUUGGGCGGCCAUCAACAAUCGAAGGGACAUUAUCCGGUACUUCCUCGAGAAGGGCGCCACCGUGGAUGCUGUGGGAGGCGAACUUAAUGCCACGCCCCUGCACUGGGCUACGCGACAGGGACAUCUUGGUGCCGUCGUUCUGCUAAUGGCCGCCGGUGCAGAUCCGAGAAUCAGGGAUGCGGAGGGCUGCUCCUGCAUACACAUCGCCGCCCAGUUCGCGCACACUGCUCUAGUGGCCUACUUCAUAGCUAAAGGCGUGGACCCGGAUCUCCAGGAUCGAGGCGGAAUGACAGCGCUGAUGUGGGCAGCAUGGAAGGUUUGCGCACUGGAUCCCGUGCGCUUGCUGCUGACCCUCGGAGCGAAUCCCGCCAUGGUUGAUUACACACAUGGCAACACGGCGCUGCAUUGGGCUAUCCUGGCCCGCAAUGCUACGGCCAUUUCCACACUCGUGCUCAAGUCGAAGGCCUCGCUGGAUGUGCCCAAUCUGCGGGGCGAAACGCCGCUAUCCAUGCUGGAAUCCCAGACAGGAGCCAUUUGGAUAGGGGCGAAGGUGAUGGACCGCGUAAAAGAAGCGGCACUCACCUCGCAGCAAAGGCGGUCGCUGCUCUCCAAGCUGCGGCAUGACAAACGCCUGAGGUGGUGGUCCAUGGUGGCCUGCCCCUUUACCGCUUUCUAUCUGGCUGGCAUCGUAUUCACCGUAAACACGCUGUACAUUAUUAAGUUUUUCCUGCUUGGCUGCUUGUAUGCAAUAUUCCACACGAUCGGCAAGGCAUUGUUCGAUGAGCACCUGAUGGCCCUGCUGCCGCUGAGUGUUUACCUGGCCACCAAGGCAUGGUUCUAUGUCACCUGGCUGAUGUAUAUCGACGAUGCCGUCUCGCUUACGGCCACCGUUUGCUUCCUGAUCUCCUCGCUGUUAUUGUGGGUGUGCUUCCUCAAGUCAUGGAAGGGAGAUCCUGGUAUUAUUCGGCCUACCAGAGAGCAGCGAUUUAAGACCAUCAUUGAGCUGUCGGAGCGGGGUGGAAUCGGCUUUGAGCCCGCCUCUUUCUGCUCUGGCUGCUUGGUGCGCCGGCCCAUCCGCUCCAAGCACUGCUCCGUGUGUGAUCGCUGUGUAGCGAGGUUUGAUCACCAUUGCCCCUGGGUGGGCAACUGCAUCGGGUUGAAGAACCACAGUUACUUUAUGGGAUUCCUCUGGAUGCUGUUGAUUAUGUGCGCCUGGAUGCUGUACGGAGGCUCCAAGUACUACGUCAAUCAGUGUAAUGUUCGAUUCGAUGACUUUCUUGGUGCCAUGCGGGCCAUUGGCAACUGCGAUGCCUGGGUGGGCUGGGUAAUGGGCAACGCCAUGCUGCACAUGUCCUGGGUGAUCCUGUUGACGAUCUGCCAGACAUAUCAGGUGAUUUGCUUGGGCAUGACCACCAAUGAGCGCAUGAACCGGGGACGGUACCGCCACUUCCAAGCUAAGGGCGGCCACAGUCCGUUCACACGUGGGCCCAUUCAGAACCUUGUGGACUUUCUCGAGUGCAGUUGCUUCGGAUUGGUACAGCCCAAGCGGGUGGACUGGAUGAACUACUACGACUACGAUUCGCAAACGCAUCAGACCAUCGAGAAGGAGCCGUUGCUGAGCGUGGACUGCCCAGAUGGGAUGGCUGGCGACCACCAGUAUGUGUAGGAUAAGUCCUAUCGGGAUGCGAAGACGCUUCAAAUGCCCAUUGCGCAUGUUUAACAACAAACACCAACCGCUUUAAAAAGUCCGCUACAGCUUUUUCUCUUUUCCAAAAAUCCAAUUCGUUUCAUUUUCGCCACCAUUUUAAUUGGUCCCCACUGAUCUGCUGCUAAAAUAUAUAAACUGCGAUUCGCAAAAAAGUAUUCAACACAACCAAGACAGAAGCGUCAUCGCUGACCGAUAUCGGAUGGACGAGUUGGGGUCCAGGCCCACCGUGGCUACCCUUCACUAACGUACAUAUUAUGAAUGUAUUACUGUAAUUACUCUGUAUAUUUCUGCGUAUUUCUUACUCUUCGAUCAUAAGCCGAAAGUACACAAAACCAUUUUGUCCUUCAAAGUAUUUGUAUACCAAAAAACCUAAAUGCAAACGUAAGCAAAUGAA